AUGAUGAGCUCUCACCAACAACACCCCGGCUACGGGUUCCUCUCCGGCAUGGACCUGCACUCGGUGCACCACGUGAGUCAGGAUAUGAACGUGGGCAAUCAACAGACACCGUCGUCGCAGGAGCAACACAUUAAGAGGCCUAUGAACGCGUUUAUGGUGUGGUCUCGGAUUCAACGAAAGAAGAUCGCAUUAGACAACCCCAAGAUGCACAAUUCCGAGAUCUCGAAGAGACUCGGCGCCGAGUGGAAGCUGCUGUCCGACACGGAGAAGAGACCCUUCAUCGACGAGGCGAAACGUCUGCGCGCCAUGCACAUGAAGGAACAUCCGGACUACAAGUAUCGUCCACGAAGAAAGCCGAAGGUGCCGGUGUCCGUGGUGCCGGGCAAGGCGGGUUCCAUGAGCCCAGGUGGCUUCCCCAGCUUCCCUCUGCCGCCAUACUUCGCUGCACCUGCUGCACCGGUCUCCCAUCAUCAUCAUCAUCCGCACCCCCUCGACUAUCCACCUCUGCCGCCGUAUUUCGGCUCCGCCUUCGACGCCGUCCACCUGAGCAAGCUGGUGGCCGGUAGCAGCGGCACCGGGUCCACGUCGUCGAGCGCUGCUGCGGCUGCGGCCGCGGCUGCAGCCGAUGCGGCCAACAACAACGCUGCAUCCGCCGCAGCGGUAGUGAGCAGCUUCUACUCCGGCUUCUACUCCUCGCCGACGACAGCAGGUAAGCCGUAUCACACGACGGCGUCUCAUCUUGGGCCACUGUUUCCAACCGGACAUCACACGGUGGCCGCGACAGCGCCACAUCCGCCGCUCAUGUUCUCAUCCUCGUCGACGACCGGCUCCGGGAGCAUCGUCACGACCACCAGCAGUCCUGGAAGCAGUCCGGGGUCCACGCCGAUACCGUCGUCUCAUCAGCAAGUCUCUACGCCUACCACGUCGACCACGCUGGACCUGGAGCAGCUACGCCGGCCAGUCUCCGUGAUAUUCUAG